ACCAGGGAUCAGGCAAUUCUGGAUUUAGUUUUAUGUAAUGAACCAGAUUUGAUAAAGGACCUCGAGGUUAAUGAGCCAUUAGGAGGCAGUGACCAUAACAUGGUCAGGUUUAAUCUACAAUUGGAGAAGGAGAAGGGUAGAUCGGAGGUGUCAGUGUUGAAUAAAGGGGACUAUGGGGCCAUGAGGGAGGAGCUGGCCAAAGUUGACUAGUUGACUAGUAGCGAAGAAAAUAGGUGACGUUUCGGGUCGAGAAACAUCGCCUAUUUCCAUCCCUCCAUAGAUGCUGCCUCAGCUGCUGAGUUUCUCCAGCAUUUUGUCUGCCUUCGAUUUUCCAGCAUCUGCAGUUCCAUCUUAAACAUUCAAUCUAGCACCCACGGGUUUGUGCCAGCUUAUAGUCGCCUCUGGGUCAAGGCAUUAAAUUAAGUUUAAAAAAUUAUUAUUACCGAUUGCAAAUAAAUGAAUGAAGCAAAGCAAUUUAGCAAUGGAUGCUGAGCAAGAGAACAAGGAAGUGCAAAGGAGAAGUGUUUCAGAAUUAAAACUAUAACAGUUUAAAGGGGGAAGUAAAAGCAAAAAGAGUGAGUAUAUUGAUAUAUGUAAUAGACUGCCGGAGUCUGGAGCAGAGUGUGAGGUGUGCAACAAACCGUGCCGUUCCCCUGCUGCAAGAACUAUCUACAGUGUUCAGUCACCCCAGGGAUGGAUCGUGGACCAACUCAAGACUGCAGCCCGGCCGCUGUGACAACCAGCCAAGUCUGCCUGAACUUUGGCAAGAUGACCAUUCUACACAAUCUCAGCCUCACGUUGCCACAAGGCCACAUAUACGGACUGCUAGGACCGAGUGGCUGCGGUAAAACCACGCUCCUCCGCUGUGUUCUGGGCAGACUCCGCAUCUCCAGUGGUCGCAUCACCGUUCUGGGGAAGCCUCCCGCCUUUCCUGGCCAUGGCGUUCCCGGCAGGAUGGUGGGAUACAUGCCACAGGAGCUGGCACUGUACCAUGAGUUCAGCAUCGCUGACACCUUGCAUUACUUUGGCCGCAUACACGGGCUGAAGAGGAAAGAUAUCCAGGCACGCCUCUCCUUCCUGGUCGAUUUCCUCGACCUUCCUGACAAGCACAUACUUAUAAAGCACCUCAGCGGUGGGCAGAGGCGGCGUGUGUCUCUGGGGGCUGCUCUACUCCAGCAGCCUCCGCUCCUGCUCCUGGACGAGCCGACCGUCGGCGUGGACCCAGUGCUGCGGACCAGGAUUUGGCAACACUUGGUGGACAUAGUGAAAAGCCAAGGGACCUCAGUGAUCGUAACCACACAUUACAUAGAAGAAGCCCGACAGGCCCACCUGGUUGGAUUAAUGAGAAAUGGUAAACUCCUUGUAGAAGCACCACCUGAUUAUUUAAUAAGAUUCUACAGCAUGUCAUCAUUGGAGACCGUAUUCCUGAAGUUGUGUAAAAUCUCAGAUCAGUCGACAACUGACUCUGGUGUUUUCCAAAAGAAUAAACACAGAUUCAGGGUGAAAAACGUGCAGGAGACGCAGCCGAUUCUCAACGGGGACAUCGAUCACAACAAGUUGAAAGUGGACUGGAAGUUGUGGAUGAGAAGCCAGAUCCCUAAAUGGAGAAACAUUGCGGCUUUGGUGAUUAAAACCUUCACUAGGAUCAGAAGGAUGCCUGGGUCUCUCGGAUUCCAGUUCGUGCUGCCCGUCAUUCAGAUCUCACUGAUCUGUCUGUGUAUCGGGGGCAAUCCUCGCGACCUGCCCGUGGCUGUGGUGAACAAUGACACAGGACAGCCUGCCUUCAGUCACAGGCUCCUGUGGCGCCUUGAUAACAACACCAUUAUCCAGGUUCACUUAAACCAGUCCGAUGCCAUUCAGGGUGUAAAAGAUGGGACAUACUGGGGAGUGAUUGGCUUUGGAGCAAACUACACACAAGAUAUUCUCUUAAGGGCAACACAGAAGAAGAUUGAGGACAGUGCGGUUGAUGGAGGUUCGAUCCAUCUCUGGCUAGAUAUGACUAUGAGGUCAUUGUUGGCAUUUGGUAUAAUCUGUUAUAAAGGCCAGCUCACAACAAAGAUCAACAGAUCGCAGUCACCCAUUGAGCAACAGUUGCGGGGGGCGUACGAGGGUUGUGUUAAAGAGGAGCUGAGUAACUACUCCAGCUGGGCGGCUGCUCCCGUGAAGAUUGAAAAGCCGAUAUAUGGCCAUAAGCAUUCCAACUUUACGAUAUUUAUCGCACCUGGUGCAAUCUUAAGCAUCACCUUCUUCCUGGCGCUGGGACUGACAACGCUUUCCUUUGUGAUCGAGCGGAGAGAAGGUCUAAUGGACAGAGGCUGGGUGGCAGGUAUUAGUUCCCUGGAGGUCAUGCUGGCUCACACCCUUUCCCAGCUGGUGACGAUGACCGUUCAGAUCAUUCUGCUGCUCAUCUUUACAUUCCUCGUUUUCAAGAUUCCGAAUGAAGGCUCCUUGCUGCUGGUGGCCAUUCUCAUCUUGCUGCAAGGCAUCACCGGCAUAUCUCUGGGCCUCGUCAUCUCCGCUGCCUUUGACGAUGAGCAGUCAGCAGCCCAGGUGGCUCUCGGCAUCUUCUACCCUGACAUCGUCCUCAGCGGAGUCAUUUGGCCAGUUGAAAGUAUCCCGUACGUGCUCAGAUGCAUCAGUUUAACUUUGCCGCAAACGUAUGCAUCAGAAGCUCUGCGAUGUAUACUCUACCGAGGUUGGGGAUUCAGCCACUGGCCCGUGUGGACUGCGUUUGUCAUCACGUUGUCCUGGAAUGCAUUUUUCCUUUUAUUAGCAACAAUAAUAUUGAAAGUAAGAAGAUAACAAAGGUGGGAAGAAAUGUGUAGGAAGGAACUGCAGAUGCUGGUUUAAACCGAAAAUAGACACCAAAAGCCGGAGUAUCCCAGCGGGUCAGGCAGCAUCUCUGGAGAGAAGGAAUAGUCUGUUUCGAGGACUGGAUCUGAAUGAUCGAUCGACAUCCAGUUAACAGAAGCUCAGGAGGAGGGUCAGAGAGAAACCAUCUGUAAUUGUAGAGUUGAAAAUUAAUUUUGUGCCAAAAUUUUUCUACAGUGUUUUGUUUUUUAAUCUAAUUUUGAAACACAAUGAUUGUUAAUGAGGAUAAGUGUGCUGCUGUAUUGAAAAUGAAUAAGUUGAAUAAAGCUGCCUGCCUUCCCCCG